UUAUGUCUUACACCACUUGUAUAUAAACUCUUGUAUACAUAGCUUCUUUUUGUAUAACAUAUCCCGGUCCAUUCCUAUUUAUAAUCUCUCUCUCCCCACUCUUAAAUUAAUGCCAGAAAACAUGAGUAUAUCUGUAAAUGGGCAAUCGCAGGUGCCCCCUGGAUUUCGAUUUCAUCCCACAGAAGAGGAGCUUUUGCAUUACUACUUGAAGAAAAAGGUCUCAUAUGAGAAGAUCGACUUAGAUGUAAUUCGUGAAGUAGAUCUUAAUAAGCUGGAGCCCUGGGAUAUUCAAGAGAAGUGCAAAAUAGGAACCACUCCUCAAAAUGAUUGGUACUUCUUUAGCCACAAGGACAAGAAAUAUCCCACUGGAACGCGCACAAAUCGUGCAACUGCCGCUGGGUUUUGGAAGGCAACCGGCCGCGAUAAGGUGAUAUACAGCAAUGGAAGGCGGAUUGGUAUGAGGAAGACUCUAGUUUUCUACAGAGGCAGAGCCCCACAUGGUCAAAAAUCUGAUUGGAUUAUGCAUGAAUACAGACUCGACGACAAUGUUGCUGAUGCCAAUGUCUCCAACGUUGUGGGAGAAGCAGCACAGGAAGAGGGAUGGGUAGUUUGCCGUAUCUUCAAGAAGAAAAAUCACCAUAAAUCCCCAGACCGUCCUCUAAGUUCAUCACCCAUCACUUCGGAGGCAAGGACAAACCAGAUGUUCCAUUCUUUCAAUGAAGGAGCCCUAGAUCAAAUAUUUCAGUACAUGGGAUGGUCGUGCAAGGAAGAAAACGAAGCAAACAGCAACACUGCAAGAUUUCUUAGUCCAACCGAUAGAACAAUCAACAAUGGCUACCGUCAUGACAGCAACAGGUGCAUGAAACUUCCAAGCCUCGAGAGCCCAAACUCGAGCAGUAGCCAAAAUGUUUACGCAGCCAUGAUGAAUGAAGGUUCGAUAUCAGACCAGGUGAUUUCCACGGAUCCCAGCUCAGUUUACCCCUUGGACUCUGGCCUCACCAGCUGGACAGCCCUUGAUCGUCUAGUAGCCUUUCAACUGAAUGGGCAAAGUGAAAAUUCGAGACACUUGGGGUGCUUCAAUGACCCAAACAUGGGCUAUUGCAUUCCUAUUGAGCAACCCCACCAUGGUCUCCAAUUCCCCACCCUACGAUCGUCAUUCUCAUUGUCAUCUAGCAGGCCGUACCAGGGAAGUCACCAAGAUUAUACAAGUGAGGUUGAGCUGUGGAAUUUCAACACAAGAUCACCGUCGUCAACGUCGGACCCCAUAUGCCACGUUUCAAAGUCUACUGUAUAAAACAGAUGAAUGAAUAAAGGAAUAUUAUGUGAGAAUUAUUUAUGAAGACAAGUGAUGAUGAGAUAGAAUAAACGAAGAGUUUCCUAGAUGGGAUGGAUUGGCAACCAUUAUCUUUUUCUUGAUCAAGUUGUCUACCAAUUUUUCAAUUUGUUUUCUAGAAACCUAUAGCUCUAGCAAUAAACUUUGAGGUGGUGGUGGUGGUGGUUUCUGUGAUAAUAUCCCUCUAACUUAAUGUAAUAAUUAUCCUACCUUUUU